GACAUGGCCAAGUCUACUGCCGCAUUAAGAAACAAAGAAUGCAAACGCGGGUAUGUUUGCAUAUAUUCUUAACCAAAGAUUUUGUGUUCCACUCUUGUCAACGUCCGGCAGCAGAAUUUAAUGCUCCGAGCCUGAGUUUCGAUCUCGUGAUGCAGCAUGGAGGCCUCCAGUGAGUGGACCAGCAUUCCGGCGUAUGCAGCCCACCUGUCUCUGCUCCAACCAAAUCUGCCCGCACGUGAUGUGCUCAUCAAAGAGCUGCGCUCACUUAGAUCGCCGUUCACUAGCACUCGCAUGCAGCUGCCCCUGCGCUGCAACAUUUGCAGAAAUGUGCCGUCUUCCACAUGCCCUGUCGUGUCGGAGAUGUUGCCAAUGAUUAACGAAUGGCUGUUGUCACUGGCGGUCGAGAUCCAUGAGAUUGGGCCGGGUUGCCUUGCGCUCACUGCCCUCGAUAAUAUCAACAUGCCCCCGGUUACCACCAGGACAGUCAACCACGCUGCUGUCUUGCUGCACUGUCUUCUCACCAAGCACCGCUGCGUUCAGGUUAUUGAGGGGCUACAAUCUAUUUUACCCUGCUACCAAAAGCUGUUCUGUGAUGCCUUGAGGAACAGCACAUCACUGACUGUGCUAUGGCUAAACAAGUUCAAGCUGACAGGGCCUGUGGUGCGAAGCAUCAUUGCUGCGAUAAGGGGUGCCAAGCAACUAAAGGAGCUCUCGUGGGCCUGGUGUAUGUUUAGCUCUGGCCACGUUCGUGCCGCUGAGGAUGCUCUUUCAAAGUACAUUGUCAAGACUGACUCACUUCACACCCUCAAUGUGGCACAUGCACCACUGUUUCGCAACUCACUCACUCUCAUCGAGUCACUGAGGAAGAACACAAGCAUCGUCAAGCUCCUGGUUGGCUGCUCAGUCUUAAAUCGGGGUCAAGCUUCUGAAUUUCGGAAAUUUCUCGCUGCCAACAGGACACUAAAACAUUUGGUCAUCUACAAUGAUUACGUCAAGGGUGUGCUCCAUGUGGGGGAAGUAUUUGAGGCGCUCAUGGAGAACACGACUCUGGAGGUACUCACGCUUGUGGACUUUGAACUGGACCCUAUUGUUGCACUGCAGUUUGCCAGGGUGUUGAGCAUUAACACCACCCUUCACGUGGCUGGCUUCCCUGGCUGCACAUGGGACUACCAGCCCUUGCCAGAGGCAAACGACGCUUACAGAAAGCGUGUUAUGUAUGUCCUGGAAGGCGAGCAUGAGAAGGACUGGCGGGUUUUGCCUCUAGUCAAGGCACUGAGGAACACCAAGUCACUGCGGAAGCUUGUUCUCACUGGAUGCUUCACCAAUAGCGAGAUUCGACAGCUGCUGGAAGCAGCUGCUGCAUGCUCAUCCCUGCAAGAGCUGACCUUUCACUCAAUCAAGAUGCUGUCUGUAAAGACAUUUUACGAACUGGUGCAGGAGACAGGUGUUAGCAGUAAGGUCCGAGUGGGAACGUGUCAUUUACAGCCGGCAGCGUUUGUGUCUGGCCUGCAAUCUGGCUGUGACCUCCUGAAAAUUGGUCAUCACAAGUUCUUCCACCUGAACACGUCGUCCUUUCGUGAAAUUGGAACUGCCCUACUGCUGCAUGACCAUGUCACUUCACUCGAGCUACGGCUCGACACCUGGGACGAUGACUUUCUUGAGGAAGACGCAUCCACGAUUGCCAGCUAUCUGUCGAAGACCACUGCUCUGAAGGAGAUCUACAUGAAAUUCAGCAACUUCAGCCAGGAUGCGCACCUAAUCAUUAACGGACUUUCCAAGAACAAGACAAUAGAAAAACUUGGAAUUGAGGACUGGCUUGUGCGUAGCAAGGACGUAAAAAAAUUGUGCACUUGGUUGGUAGACAGCAAUAGAGUGUACCAUCUUGUUUACCUCUGUGCUCAAUAUGAAGCACUCAAAGUGCUCCUUGAAGAAUUGGCUGAUCUGCUCGAAAAUAGCUACACCCUUACAUAUAUCCGUGUAGUGGAGUAUCCCUCAAACUUUCAGAACUGGCAGGUCGUGAAGCAGUUCCAGCGACGAAACCUUUCGCUCGUUCAGUGUGCUGCCCACUUCGUGUUGGGCUUAACAUUAAAGCGGGCAGCAGCUGCGUAUGAAUUUGUGUCGUGGCACCCUCAGCUUUCAUACAAAGUUCAACAGCUGGCAUCGCUGAGCCCUGCAGAAGUGAGCCAGAAAAUGCUAGAGUGCAAUCGUCUUGUGCAGAUGCAGUUCUGGAAGCUUGCAGGCAUCAUCAAAGACGAGCUUGUCUGUAAUGAAAGAACUGACGGUCGGAAGCAAAUUGACAGUCUGGUGCUCGAUGCCUGGUUGCAAGUUCGAAAGUUCUUAUUUAUCAGUGAUGUCUUGGAUGAGACAGGAGAGAAGAGGAGGCCUUCCCGCAAACGUAAAAGGAGAUAAUGCUGGCACCGUGGCUGGGAGAACAUGUUGUGAUGGGUGAUGUUUUAUUUGAACUGACUUUGGUGGUGUCCGUUACUGCAUAAAGCUCACCCACACAAUGUUGUGGCUGUAUAGAAUUUGCAGUUAAACCUGGCUAUAACGAACCUUCAUGCAAUGAAUUCCUUGAUAUGACAAAGUUUUUCUAUUUCUCGUCGUUACUCCAUAGAAGCACAUGUAUUUGCGAUCUCUAUGUAACAAAGUAACAGCGGAAGACAACCUUGAUAUAACGAAUUUCUGCGGUGAAGGCGAGAAUAAAGUUGACGCUCGUAUACAUUCUGGCAAACCGCCUACAAUAAAUGGGAAGACAGCGCUAUCAAGUAGUUCGUGCUAUCAAAGUGCUACAGAAAUGCUGUGCACAUGCCUGUGUCGCCGCCCCCGAAAGACUUGUCGCCCCGUUUGCAACGAUCGCUGAAAGCAUCGAAGUCAGUGCAGAUAUGCUGUGAAAAAUAGAUGAUGAUGGUAUAAAUAGUUCAUGUGCGCACUAUAUAACAAAAAUCGCAACUUGGUAAGCCUUUCUUGCAGCUCAAAGAGCCACUGUCGGAGCACUUGGGUGCCUAUGUCGCACACAUCUCUUGAUCGGCCACACAAUAUAAGUUUAGCUUGCACUCACUCUGUCAUAUCUUAGGCUACUCGUAGUGAAUGCCACCAUUACUGAUUAUGACAGCAAUUUGAUAUAAAAAGCAUGGAUACCUGUAGCAGCGCCUCGAUAUACUUGCAAACGAAUAUUGUGGUAGCAAGCAAUUCCGUUCACUUAAGGAGCAAGAGGCCACGCUAUUAUUAGAAGAGGACGAUGCUGAUGACAGAGUAUUCCCUCUAAAUCUGCUGCAUGCCCUUCAUACAAGGAGCCCUCCUCCAGCUGGCGUUUUUUUUUUCCCUCACUUCAGCGCAAUGCAUGCCAUACAUGCCUGUGGAGCGGAGAAGUGUUGACAACAUACACACUGUCAUAUCUCAAGACACGCACAAGCAAAGGGAUAGUGAGUAGUGAAUUUCGAAAGCGAAUUCAAAACAAAUGUAAUAGUAGUACAACAAAAUUGAAGGCUUAAACGAAUUUAAUACUCUUCUUAUAGUUUUCAAAUAGUAAGGAAACCUUUUUAAAAAUAAUCCUAGAACUUCACAACGUUUUAUUUGAAAUAAGUAUUCACGAACUGUCACCAAAUAUUACUACAAUUAAGAAAAUUGUGAUAAGCUUGUAUACAGUAGCGAUUAGAGUCUUCAAAAUAUUUUUCAACCGCAUGUCGAAAUACCACAGACACUACAGUACUCAAGUUGAAACUCUGUUGCCAACUUUUAAAUAAAAUUGCAGCAUAAAUUCAAAAUAAUUUUGAAGCGAACAUCAUGCAUGCAGCUAAAAAUUUAUUAGAACAGGCAAAAUCAUCACAACAUAUACCCUGACGCAGAGAGCAUGUAAAAAUCAAGUGUUGAAAGCUGUAUCUGUAAGAAUAAUUUAUGUUAACAAAAGACUUGCAUCUGUUUUUAUUUUUGAAGCUGAAUGUAGCCUUAGUCCCUAACUUCAACGAUCAAGACAGGAAAUGACUGAUGUCAUGCAUCUCCACCAUAGUAAAAACAGAGCAAAAGUGCAGUUUGCAGCAAAAAUGCUGUAUCUGGUAACGGUUAUACAGUUAAACCUUGAUAUAAGGAAAUUCAUAAAUUCCAAAAAAAUUUGUUAUAGAGAGGAUUUUGUUACAUGCACAUUCACUAGAAAAAUUCGGAAAAUAAAUGAACAAAUAUAACAAAAGGUGGACUGAAGGCAGAGCUAAACCAAAACAUUUAUCUAGUGGUAAAGAACUGCGUCUUAUUGCUAUAGCAAUUGUAUGGACACUCUCGGUGAGUUUUCGGCAUCGCUGCCAUGUUCCCUAACAAGUCUAAAUCGAUAACAAGCCCCCGCGCACUGUAAGAUUUAUGAGCAGGUAAAAGGGCGCGAGCUCUGCUGAAGCAGAGAUCAAAUGAGCCAGCCUAUUUUUAUCACCUGGAUAACAUCCCCGGAGUGUUAGAACUGUCCUCAAAUGCUCCAACAGAGAGGAAACCACCCGUCUUGAACGAGCAUAAAAAAACGCGAAGGUGGGAGGAUCGCCUGAGUAGCAACAGCGAACUUGGAUGUUAAGGGCAAUCGUGAUCGAUUCUUCGGUGGUGACGACAUGGCAGUUCACAAUAAAAAUUAAAAAAAAGUGCUAAAGGAAAAAAAAAAAAGCAAAUGUGAAUGCGUUGGGGGUCACACCAUGUGCGCGCAGUGAAACCAUGCACGUGCGCACGGCAUCGAAAACGAAGAGCGAAUGACAUGGACACAGACACGGAUACCACGGAAAACUAUUCUUUCGGGUGGUACUGCCAAUGAAAAAGCACUUUUUGUUUGUUUGUUUGGAGGGGGGAUGAGGAAACACAUCUGCGUAGGCUCCCGCAACGGCGAGAACAGCGGCAACGCUGGCUCGUCUGCUUUCCUUGCGCCCACUCGUGCGCAUUAACAAGCGCUCGCUCUCGCCUAGUGCACCAUGCCGUUGCCGCCGCUUCGUGCUUCGUCGACCGCUAGGCACCCCCGGAAGAUGCAUGCUCGUACCAAAAUGCCUAAACCUGGGUGAAAUUUCCUAGAUUGUCUGUGGGGAAAAUUCAUUAUAUUAAGGUUGCUCCCUCUGUUACUUUUGGCUGUCAAGGUUGUCUCCCACUGUUACGUAGAGGUUGCAAAUACAAUCGCUUCUAUGGAGCAAUGGCGUGGAAUAGAAAAAAUUCGUUAUGUAAAGGAAGUCGUUAUGUGGAGGUUCGUUAUAAGCAGGUUUAACUGUAGCAUCAGUAGUGUUGCAAAUACUUGGGCUUCACUUAUAGUAGUAAUUCAGGGAUUAAAAGAAGAAAAUAAACCUUUAGCUGAUUCCAUCUUUUGCUGCUUCAGGGUUGUCCCAUAGGGGCCGAUUAUUUAAAAAAUAUUCGGUAUUUGAUAUACGUACCGUUCAAUUCGACUAGCGAAUGCUAUUUGAUUCGUUAUUCAAAUAUUUGCACAUUCUAUGAAUGUUGUCGCCACCAAUAACCCACCAUCUUUUUGUGUAAAUGUGAUAGGGCAUGUGUAAUCACGAGGGCUCUUUUUUUUUUUCUGUGCUGUAUCUCGCCCCUUAUUGAACACGCCCUUGCACAUGCCUCAAGGUGUACAAACGGAAAGAAGAAAAUGUACCUGGCUACAAGUGAUGCCAAUUUGUGACAUGAAAUGGGAAUACAAACAGAAGCGUAUUCGGUGAAAA